AUGUCGGCGGCGCCGGCUGCUAGCCCAUGGUUAUGGCCGUCUCCAACUGUGCGGCUCCGCGAAACGGCCUUCUUGGCCUGUUCCAACUUGAGAAGAUGUAUGAUUGCCCAUGUUAAAAGUGGGGAGGCUGAUGGAUAUCCGAAAACUGAGGAUUUGGUGGACGAAGAAACUCUGCUGUCAAAUUUAGACAGAGCCAUCAAGGAAGAAGAUUAUGCCCGUGCAGCAAAGAUCCGGGAUGAUCUGCGUAUCCUCCACGAGGAUGCUAAAGCUUCGCUCCUUGCAGCAAAUGCACGGUUCUACAAUGCCUUCAAGAAUGGAGAUAUCGCUGCAAUGUAUUCUAUCUGGGCUAAGGGUGACCAUGUAUAUGUUAUACAUCCUGCUGCAGGUCGGAUAUCCAGUUAUGAUGUGGUCAUGCAAAGCUGGGAGAUGGUUUGCAAUGCCGAUUAUGAGUUUCCACUGAAUAUUGAUCUCAAGAAUAUAGAGGUUCACAUCCGUGGUAGCCUUGGUUAUGUCACGUGCUUGGAAGUGGUGAAGACCAAAGGAAGAACUUGGGGAAAGCAAAUCGCCACCAACAUUUUUGAGAAGGUUGAUGGCACAUGGCUGAUGUGUGUGCACCAUGCUUCACACAUUGAAGAAUGA